GUGCGAAUCUGGCGAUUUGAAUAUGAGCAAUGUGUCAAAGUUCCAUCAAAAUUCCAACUAGCCGUGACAUUUCUUGCUAAUCUUUCUGGCCAUAAUGUCGCCGUUAACCAAGCUAAAUUUAGCCACAACCCAGAAGUCAACUUGCUUGCUUCUGGGGACUCAGAUGGACGCAUCGCAGUAUGGCAGUUGUCCGAUACACCCAGUACAGCACCACCAGUUGACGAUUUACCUCCAAAUAAAGAGAACUGGAUACGGUUGCGGGUAUUGAAUCACGAUAGCGAAGUCUCGAAUCUUGCUUGGAGUCCAGAUGGUAAGCUUCUCGCCUCAGUCUCAAAUGAUGAAUCAUUAUUCGUGCAUGAUGUGAUCACAGGGAAACGCUGUGUUUCUGUACGAAAACUGCGACAUUUCCCUAGCGGCGUGGCAUGGGAUCCGAAAGGAAAAUACAUCGUAACGAUGUCCACUGAUCGUAAAAUGGAUCUUGUAGACGCUGUAAAAGGCACUAGAUUACGAGCUUUCGGUGUUUGUGCUUUGCCUGAAGUUGCUAUCGGUGAUGUUACUUUGGAGCAUAAGGUGUACAAACUUUUCCAUGAUGAUCAGUUAAUGAGCUUCCAAAGGGGAGUAGCCUUCUCACCAUGUGGACAACUAAUCAUUGCGCCAUGUGCCGAUCUAGAAGUACAUACGCAUGAUAUCUAUGGCACAUAUAUCUUUAGAAGAAGUGAUCUAGAACAUGACAAACCGUUGGCCUUUUUACCUUGUCCUAAGCCUACUUUCCUUAUUCGAUGUUGUCCGUUACUAAUGACUCUUGAGAAAGAAGAGGAGAAUUACACAGGUUUACCUUACCGGAUUUUGUGGCUGGCACUCACAAAGGACAGUGUUUAUUUUUACGAUAGCCAGCAUCGUAACCCUAUCGGCCUCGUAGAAAAUAUUCAAUAUAACAGUCUUACCGAUGCUACUUGGAGUUCUGAUGGAAAAAAUAUUGUCAUAUCGUCGCUUGAAGGCUAUUGCACAUUUUUGAAACUCACUGUAGAUAAAUGGGGAUGUCAGAUCAAACAAGAAGAUGCGCAAGAAUGUCCACCGUCUCCGCAACUUAUUCAGACUAAGAAACGAAAGCCCAGAGAGAAGAAAGUUAAAGAAACUAAAGAGGAAGCUGCCGAUUCUCCUGGUCCUCCCUCCCAAAAGACACCAUUACGACCAUCACAGCAAACGACCACUACCACUCCGAAAUCGGGUAACAUAUUCCGCUACCUUCAGACAAAGGGAGAAGAUUCACCUCACGCUAGCGCACCUGGAAGUCCUACCACGCCAUCAAGGUAAGU